CCUUAUCACUUCCUGCUGACCUCAGCACAAACCUGGGCGCGCUGGUAUAUAUGGCCGCCACCUGCAGCAUGUUAUCAGUUGUCGAUACCCCACUAGGUAGCGUCUAACAUGGCUGUCUCCAAGAGCUUGGUCCUUCUUCUGUCCGUGCUGGCUGUGGCCGCCGCCCAGAGCGCUCGCGUCAAGAAACAGGUUUACCUCGCCGGAGUGCACCCCUAUGGAGCUGCAGUUUUGGGGGAUGAUGGCUCCUACUGGCCCGGCAAGUACGGCCCUGAGAACAUCCAGGUUGGCCCCGUCGCCGCCCCCGUAGUCCCCGGAAUCGCCCCCUACGUUGCCGCCCCUUACGCCGCCCCCUACGCCGCCGCCCCCUACGUCGCUGCCCCCUACGUCCCCCUUGGUGGUGACGACGGAUCUUACUGGCCCGGCAAGUACGGCCCUGAGAACAUCCAGGUUGCCCACUAAAGCGGUACACGACUCUAACCAACAACCCCCCCCCCCGCAAUACCAAUUACAAAAAAAACUUCUGGUCAUCAGACGUAACAUUGUUUUAAAUGUUAUAAUAAACAUUUAUUUUACUUUUA